ACUCUUGUCAAAAUGGCUGAUUUUCUACUUGCUGCUUUGGCCAUUGCCUUAUUCUUCUCUCCUCCUGCAUCUAGUGCUAGUGAGGAUGACCCAGUUCCUCUUGUAAUAUGGUCUGGAAUGGGUGACAGCUGUUGCUAUGAGUAUGGUGCUUAUCAGUUUAAGGUUGUCCUGGAACGUCUUAUACCAGGCAUAUAUAUCAAAAUGGUUGCUUUUGGAAAGACUCCCACAGAGGAUUCAUACAACAGUUUCUUUCUCGAUUCUAAUAAACAGGUUGAACUAGCUUGUGAUUUACUAUCAUCAGAUGAGAUGUUAGCUAAUGGUUUCAAUGCAAUGGGUUUCUCUCAGGGAUCACAAUUCCUGCGUGCACUAGUCCAGAGAUGUGGCUCUGUAAAGAUAUACAAUUUGAUAUCACUGGGUGGGCAGCAUAAUGGCGUUUAUGGUUUUCCGUUUUGCCCAGGAAGCAGUAGCAUAUUGUGCCAUUUGUUUAGAAGAUUCUUAGGAAUGGGAACAUAUUUAUCAUUCAUACAAGACAAGUAUAUUAAU